UGUCUAGUCGAUAGCAAAUCGCUGAUCGGGGUUUGAAAUCGACGCGGCGCAGAAGCGAAGACAACCACGACAGUGAAACGGUAAACGAACACAACUGAGUUGAAUCUCCUGGCUUGAUGAGGAGGUAGCUGGCAUAUAUUGAAUGCCUAAAUUAUAUUUUAAGUAAACUGAUCCGAUUAUCAUUCUCAGUUUUGUAGUGUGUGUUUUUAGAUAGCUAACUUAACGUCGCCAACUAACUAAAGUGCCUAAAUAGUUCCUGUUUAAUUACAUGUCCGAAUUAUCCCGUUGUAAAUAAAGUUAACUGUCAACUGUUUGCAGGGGAAGAUGUGCAAUUUUUAUAGACGUGUCUACGGAUAACGUUGGAAACAUUUAAUUGACGAAGGAUUUGUAUAUUUUUUUAACCAUAUUUUAAAAUCUCUACAGUACCGUGUACUUUAUACUCGAUACCAAAGGAAAAAGCACACAGCUUUUUAUGAUAAUGUCUUGACCCUGACGCCCGAAAUUUUUCAAAGAUCAGUGUUGAAGUUCCGCGAGAAAAUAUAAAAUACGAGAUCAUUGGAUAAAACCCAGGAGUUAAACACGACCUGUCUUAUCUCUGGCCUGUCACCUGCUCUUACCCUUCAGAGGAGGGAAAACGGGUGCUACAAGGCAAUAAAAACGACAAGUGACAACACUAUGGAAAUCACUCCGAAUAGCACACCUGCAUCUUUGCAACGCAGAACCAGAACAGGUUCAAUUGUCAAAAGCGCAGGUAAAGACAUCGGCAACGCUGGGUCAGCGGUACCGACUCUAAUCAAUCUAAAGUUCUCUCUGAAUCAAACCCCCGAACGACAGGAAAUGCAGCUGUAUUACGGUCAUUUAGUCUUGGGGACACCUCAUCUAAAAGUAAAUCGAGAGAAGCUGUUAACCUUUUAAACACUCCAUCUAAAGGAGUUGAAAGGUUUCCGUCUAGAUUUGCGCCAAAACAACCAGCAACCUCGGGUAAAGUAGACGUGACAAGACCAGACCAAAACUUUUUCAACACCCACUUGAAAGACUCCUUUCGAGAAAAUCACGGCAAAGAAGGAUGCCUUUGAGAGAUUGGCUGGGGGAAAAGGUCCAAAAAGUGGUGGCUGUAAAAAUGGCAAGCCCAGAGAGGCUAAAGAAGCACACACAGGUGACGGUGGAGGCUGCGAAACCUGGUGCAACUCACAGUUCUUAGACGUUUCUGCUCAGUAGUCAAGGAGCAAAUGGUGACCUCGAACUUUCCGUCAAUCCAUAGCGAUGUAAGCGUGGCAAUGUCCUCUACUCCUGCACCAACAUCCUAUGUCUCGACCGAGCCUUUGGUCCGAUCCAAACCAGAUACCCUGAAGAUGGAGAACAGUGCUGUGACAGUUGCGGUCCGGCUGAGGCCAUUCAACACCAGCUGAGGGUGAGGGAAGGGCCUUAUGUUGCUGAGCUGUCCACGUCAGCAAACCUUUGGUUUCCAUGAAUGUCUUGUCAGAUGUAAUGAUGGCUUGCUAGUCUUAAGGAUUCGCUCAGUGGCUGUAUGUUUUCUUCAGGAACGUGGUGAGCUCCUAUGAAGACAUUCAGGGUUGGCUGGAGCUUGGAAACAAGCAGUGAGCCUCUGCAGCCACAGGCAUGAACGACGAUCCCACUCGGUCUUCACCCUGGGUAUGACCCAGACCAAGGCUGCGUGAGGAGAGCCUGGGCGGAAACUCCAAGACGGCCAUGAAACCACCCUGAGCCCGCCGGGUAGCAACGUGGAGGAGAACCUGAGCCCAGCAGGUAGCAACGUGGAGGAGAACCUGAGCCCAGCGGUCACAGCAACGUGGAGGAGAGCCUGAGCCCAGCGGGUAGCAACGUGGAGGAGAGCCUGAGCCCAGCAGGUAGCAACGUGGAGGAGAGCCUGAGCCCAGCAGGUAGCAACGUGGAGGAGAACCUGAGCCCAGCAGGUAGCAACGUGGAGAACCUGAGCCCAGCAGUCACAGCAACGUGGAGGAGACCCUGAGCCCAGCAGUCACAGCAACGUGGAGGAGGACCUGAGCCCAGCAGUCACAGCAACGUGGAGGAGACCCUGAGCCCAGCAGUCACAGCAACGUGGAGGAGGACCUGAGCCCAGCAGUCACAGCAACGUGGAGGAGGACCUGAGCCCAGCAGUCACAGCAACGUGGAGGAGACCCUGAGCCCAGCAGUCACAGCAACGUGGAGGAGAACCUGAGCCCAGCAGUCACAGCAACGUGGAGGAGACCCUGAGCCCAGCGGUCACAGCAACGUGGAGGAGAGCCUGAGCACAGCGGUCACAGCAACGUGGAGGAGAGCCUGAGCCCAGCGGUCACAGCAACGUGGAGGAGAGCCUGAGCCCAGCAGGUAGCAACGUGGAGGAGAGCCUGAGCCCAGCAGGUAGCAACGUGGAGGAGAGCCUGAGCCCAGCGGUCACAGCAACGUGGAGGAGAGCCUGAGCCCAGCGGGUAGCAACGUGGAGGAGAACCUGAGCACGCUGCGGUACGCCAAGCAGGCCCGCGGGAUCAUCACCGUGGCCAAGGUCAACGAGGACACCAACGCCAAGCUCAUCAGAGCUGAAAGCUGAGGUAGAGAAGUCGGGCGGCUCAGAUGAGCUCUCAGGGCAACGAGCCGGAGAAGAUGGGCCUCUUCCAGCAGGAGGUCUUGGCUCUGAAGAGCCAGCUGACGCAGCAGGAGGUCUUGGCUCUGAAGAGCCAGCUGACGCAGCAGGAGGUCUUGGCUCUGAAGAGCCAGCUGACGCAGCAGGAGGUCUUGGCUCUGAAGAGCCAGCUGACGCAGCAGGAGGUCUUGGCUCUGAAGAGCCAGCUGACGCAGCAGGAGGUCUUGGCUCUGAAAAGCCAGCUGACGCAGCAGGAGAGGGAGAUGGCCGAGGCUCACAGUGCGUGGAGAGAGAAGCUGGAGCUGGCAGAGAAACACAAACGUGAGGAAACCGAAGAAUUACAGGAAGCGGGCAUCACGUUUGCUGUGGACAACCGACUACCCAACUUGGUGAACCUGAACGAGGACCCACAGCUGUCGGAGAUGUUGUUAUACAUGAUUAAGGAGGGACAGACCAAGGUCGGCCAGGACAAGUCCGAGUCCCCCCACGACAUCCAACUGUGGGGCCCUUAUCGCCGACCACCACUGGAGGAGGAGAGCGAGAGGAAGCAUCAUUGGGAGAUGGACCAGCAGCAGGUAGCCUCCAAGAUGGAGGAGCUGCAGUCGGCCAAGGUGGAGCUGGAGCAGGAGGUGGACACGUCUCCACCUCCAUAUGGAGGCCCAGGCCGCACGGCGGGCCAUGGCCGACCACGGUGUCCGGCAGGCCAAGGUGGUGGAGGUCCUCGAGGCAGAGAAGUGGAAGAUCGACAAAGACCUUGAGGAGAUGCAGUAGAAACUGCCGUUGAAAUGAAGCCGGACUCCGAGAAACGGGGGACCGCAGCGCAUCUGAAGAUGACGACGUGUUUUACGACCCCAAUGAUGAGUGGGAGCAAGAUAUAUCUGCCUCCUCAACCGCCGCCUCCUUUUCAUGGAGAAGUGUUUGAGGCUGAGGCACAGAGCCAGCUGGUGAAGGCCACCUCAGCCAUCCAGACAACCGUGUUCAUCGCCACGCACUGGGUGACGUGUCGAUCCUGGAACCGGAACGCUCUACAUUAAUGCAGAGGAGCUCAAGACCCCAAGUCAAGAGAACGGGAGGCUACUUUCAGCUUCUCAUCCAGGUUAAACAAGACCCCAAGUCAAGAGAACGGGAGGCUACUUUCAGCUUCUCAUCCAGGUUAAACAAGACCCAAGUCAAGAGAACGGGAGACUACUUUCAGCUUCUCAUCCAGGUUAAACAAGACCCAAGUCAAGAGAACGGGAGGCUGCUUUCAGCUUCUCAUCCAGGUUAAACAAGACCCAAGUCAAGAGAAAGGGAGGCUACUUUCAGCUUCUCAUCCAGGUUAAACAAGACCCCAAGUCAAGAGAACGGGAGGCUACUUUCAGCUUCUCAUCCAGAUUAAACAUCCUUGUUCUGUUUUUUCAUGUUUCAUUCUUUGUAAAGCUACUGACAAUGUACUCUUGAAAAAAAGAGAUUGUGAUAUUAUCCUGGGUAAAUAGCCAUAGGUUGGAUAAAGUUUUGAAUUGAAUAAAUGUAGAACAAAGACCCCGUCGUCACCCAUCGGAGCCUUGAAAUGAUUCAGUAGAGUAGCAGCUGGAUGUGGCUGUGCAACAUACAGACGGAGCUUUGCACCAGCUACAUUCAUAUGCACCUUUUGUACAGCACAACAUAUGCAUUGUUGACUGGUUUAGUGCAAAUCAUUUCAUGGUGAAUUACAGUCAAAUACAUUCUAGAAAAAUCUCAGAUUUUGUCUCGGUUUAUCUCAAAGGUACGAGAAGACAAAUCCUUUCAGUUUGACACGUUACUGGCUCUAUCAAAAUUCACAUCUGUUGAUUGACAGGUUUUAGCUUUGAGCUGUUUCACUGCUCGUAUGGAAAUGUACGAGCUUAGGG